AUGGAUCUCUUUUUACCAGAAAACUCAUUCAAAAGCCUCUCGGUAAAUGCCUCAUUCAAAGUAUCCUCCUAUCGACCUUCAAUUUCAGGUUCUGCGAAAUUCUUGGAGCCAUUUCUCGCUCCUUUUGGCAUUAGUCUUCCAACAACCACCAAUGUUCUUGAAGAAUCUGUCGUCUGUCCGAAAACAAAGACGUCUUGGCAAUGGAGUCGAAAUUUGAAAUCCGCGAAGCCGGAAUAUCUCGGCUACCCAGAAUACCAAUGGCUCGAGCUCUCUGAGCGCGCUACCUAUCUCUCCCUAUUUCCAAAGACGUUUUACUACAAGAAAUGUCUUGCGCAGAGCUAUCUAACAGGGAGAAUGGGCUGGCUUGGUUUGCAAAAGUCAAUGACGAACAAGGGCGCGACAAGAUGGACACAACGCUCUGGCGGCCAAAUAGACCGGCUUGUCGACGAAACUCAGCGGCAGAUUGACGCGAGUAGUCCUCCCUUGGAGGAAAUUCUCACCAAAGGUCUUCAGAAAAACAGGGAGAAAAACUAG